GGGGACACGAGCUCUGUGAGUGGCUGCUUCGAAAGUCUUGGCAAAGAAUCUACCAACGACCUCGCUAACCAUCAAGUAUCGUUGUCGUCCACCUCUCGCUCAUCUCGACCAGCUCGCUCACUCACUGAUGUCGCAUGCUCCCCAGUACUUAACCACAGGUAUUCUCCUUCUCUGGCAAUAUGGAAACCAACGCGCUUCUCGAUAUUGUCCACGAGGCGCAGGGCCAACUUUGGGUUGACAAGGUCAACGAGACCUAUAGAACAGGCCGUCUCUGCGAGUGGGUGUCGACUUUCCAUCCUGAUAAGCUUUCCUGUCAACUCGACGGAACCUUUCACCAUGGCGCAUUCAAUGCCGGUAUGAAGAUGGUCUUCAGCGACGGCACUGCUUGGAUGGUUCGUUUCCCUCGCGUAGGAAUGGUUUGUGACGACUACGCCGACGAGAAAGUUGCCAAGGAGGUGGCUGCCCUGAGGCUCAUCCAUGACACGAUUGUCAGUUCAGUCCCGAGAAUCCACACAUGGGGUCCUGCUGCUAGCAACCUGCUUGAUCUUGGUCCAUUCAUCAUGAUGGACUUUAUUAACGGUGUGAGCGCGAGCGACGUUCUCAAAGACCCAAAUGCCGAGCACCCCACCAGACUUUUGAGGGAGGAUAUUAGCGAUAGUGAUAUUGAAGCUAUCUACAGACAAUUAGCAAACUUCCAGCUUCAACUCUUCGCGCUCGAUUUUGACCGGAUCGGCAGCCUGCCGUCGCCGACCGCUGAAGGUCAAAGCCUUACACCGACCCGCCCGCUAACAUUCAAGGCACACAGUAUCCUACAAAAUGGAGGGGUCGACACUUUCGGUGACCGAAACCAGGGGUUUGCGACAACUACUGAAUAUUUUCAAUAUGUCGUCGAUCAGGACUGGAAACAGCUCGUUUACCAGCCCAACUCGACUUGUGGCUCAUAUGAUGCCAAGAACAAAUAUCUAGCUUUCAAGGUUCUAAGAAGCUUUAUACCCGACUUAAUCAACCCGAAGUAUGACCGUUGCAAGUUUAAGCUGAUUUGUGACGAUCUCGGUUUGGCGAAUCUGAUUUUCAGAAGUAGGGGGGACCUCACUGUCGUCGGAUUAGUAGACCUGGAGUGGUCAUACAUCGGACCCGCUCAACUAUUUGGCUCGGCACCAUGGUGGCUUCUCCAAGACAGACCCGUCAAUAGCGCGUGGGACUAUAAUGGCGACAAACCGCCGAAGAUUGCUGCCCGGUAUUUCAAAUACCUAGAGAUGUACAUACGUGUUUUAGAGGAAGAAGAGGUAAAAUGGCUCGGACAUAAAGACGGAGAGCUUUCCAGUCUUGUCAAGUGGUCGCAAGCCUCUGGGGCUAUGUGGUUGCACAUGCUCCUCUCAUCCGGCUUCAACGACCAUCGGAGCUUUCCUUUCACGCAGCUGCGUCGACAUAUAGGAGCUACAGAGUGGACGAAGCGUGAGAAAGCAUUUGACAACGAAGAAGAGCUUAAUGCAUUCGCAGCGCGGAAAUUGGGCGAAUUGGAUGAGUACGAUGAAGCCUUGGAGAAGAGGGAGAAUGACAAAAGGCUCGUAGACAGCGGGGAGAUGACGCGAGAGGACUUUAUUGCAAAUGCUCUGACAGAGAAUGGCCAUCUCCCCUGUUGCUCGUCAUUUCUGGUCAACAAUGAGAUGAGAAAUGACGAGGGGUUCUGUCUGCCGCAAAUGCCCUCCUCUUCAAGCGUGCACAGAGUGAAAAUUUAAGCGAGUCGAUAAAGUUUGGUCGUACCUAUGAAUUUGGGUUUCUAUUCUCAUCUAUCAACGUACUUCUAUACUGGCCUGUGUCACUUGGUGGCUGAAUAGAUAUCUCGAAAAUCACAGAUCCUUGAUCUUUUUGAAUAAUGGCGGCGUGGGAAGAUAUAGAUCCAUGGCUUAACCUUGCAGAAGUCAAGAUAGAAGGCAAGGACUAUAUCAGCAGAAGCAACGGUUAUCGAACGAUUACCCAACACCACGCCUUAUCUGAAUUAUCCUCACAGAUGGAAUAUAUACACGGAACUUGGUUGCAUGUCUAUUAUCGCCGAGUUCGUUUUGAGGCCAAAUUACGCUAGUAAAAUGAAACUCAGCAGCACAGAGGAAUUUCCUCUUCGAAACCCAGA